AUGGUGCCGCGCGCAACAGUCGCGACACGCCCGGAGGUGCAGGCCCGCUGCACGGGAGGGUUGCGCCCAGUUCCCGCCCGCUUUCUACUUGAGCCGCAGCCAGUCUGGUUUCCUCCUGCCAUUGGCAACACGCCCUUGACCUCCAGCCAGCUCCAAGGCGGUGUGGGAGGACUCUGCGAAACGCCAACUGGUAUCCUUCACGGGUAUCCCAGCAGACACUUCAUCUCCGCUUUUCCGUGCAAAUUGAAAUUCAAGGAAACAUUCAUUUGUAAAAAGCUCGCGCGGGCCGUUUGUCCCAGUAAGCAGGAAAUUCACAGGAGGUCUGCUCGGCUCAGAAACACUAAAUACAAAUCUGCUCCAGCUGCUGAAAAGAAAGUUUCCACUAAAGGAAAAGGAAGAAGACAUAUUUUCAAGUUAAAAAAUCCCAUCAAAGCUCCUGAGUCAGUUUCUACCAUAAUCACUGCAGAAUCAAUCUUCUACAAGGGAGUAUAUUACCAAAUUGGUGAUGUUGUUUCUGUGAUUGAUGAACAGGAUGGAAAGCCCUACUAUGCUCAGAUCAGGGGUUUUAUUCAGGACCAGUACUGCGAGAAGAGUGCGGCGCUGACGUGGCUCAUUCCCACUCUCUCUAGCCCCCGAGACCAAUUUGACCCUGCCUCCUAUAUCAUAGGGCCAGAGGAAGAUCUUCCAAGGAAGAUGGAAUACUUGGAAUUUGUUUGUCAUGCACCUUCUGAGUAUUUCAAGUCACGAUCCUCACCGUUUCCUACAGUUCCCACCAGACCAGAGAAGGGCUAUAUAUGGACUCAUGUUGGACCUACUCCUGCAAUAACUAUUAAGGAGACUGUUGCCAACCAUUUGUAGUUUAUACAUUUAAACAGGAGUUCCAGUGGUCUUCUAUUCAUACUACUACAAGACAUGCUACAUAUUUCUUUAAUGAAAUUCUUAGUUGGAAGAGUGACUAAAAAAGUUUUUCCUACUACCCAGUAACAUUGUUUAUUAGUAGUCACUUAGAAAAUUAAAAGGGAUAGAAAGGAAUGAAAUAUAUUUUGAAUUUAAACACUGUAUUAUAUUCUGGAUAUGUCUUCCAGGCAAAAGCUGUAGGAGGAGACCAUUAGGUACAGGUAGUCUAUUUUUCUCCAUAUUUUAUUUCUGGAAGCUCAAAAUGGAUUGUAUUUUUCUACAAGAAAAAAUAUUAAGGGUUGGGUUUCUGACCAAAGGCUUCAUAAGUAAAAUUUAACUGACCAUCAGUAUCAGUCAUGAAGCCACACAAACCUUAUUUUCUCAUCUAGAAAAUGCUAUGACAGACUUAUGCUGCUUCAGCCAUAAGGAAAGUGUUUCAUGGAUGACUUGAUUAGCCCAAGCUUUAUUAGACUUUCAUCUACUUCUUCUGUAGCAAACUGGCACUCGUUGAUCCCCAAACUGGUCUUAAUAGCACUGUUUACUAUUUCUUAGUCCAGAUGAGGCUCCCAGUCAAACCAUAGGAUUUUAUCAUGCAGUCAGCCUUACCAAAGCCAAGUAAAAAACCUUAGGCCUCACUUGAGUUUCUUGACUACCAUGCGAAUGAUGAUUGGCCAGUCAUAAACGUGAUUAAUAGGUCAUUAGCAUUGAUGUCUUAAAGUCCACCCCAAGGUCAAGCCACCUGCAGUGGACCCGUAAUCCAGACCGUCCUAGAAGCUUGUCUUAGCUGGGAAGGUCUGUUGUAUAUGUAAUUGUCCAGAAUUCAGGUGCAAGUCUUACUUCAGGUACAGCCAGUUAAGGGAGAAGCAUGUAAAAAUAGGGCAGGAAUGGGGUGACACCCUUGCCUCUUCUGUCCUGAUGUAACCAGCAUUUUUCAACUCUAGGAAAAUUAGUCAGAAUCUGAGUUGAUACAGUGAUUUUGAGCUGUAGCAAUUUUAACUCUUGACCUUUUUCUACACAGUUCAUUUGUGAGUUUAAGAAGCAGUGUUAAAUAGCUCCAUGUCCAUAAUUUAUCUCUUUAUUUAAAACUGCUAUGUAGUACGAUUGUAAAUAACAUUGUAAAUAACUUUCUAAAUGCUAUUGUUCAAACUUUUGCAUUAAAAUGUACUUUUCACUGAUGUA